GCCGCGGGGCGGCGCCCCCACCCCCCCAUCUCCCUCCCGGGAGCCGGCGGGGGAGGCCGCGGCCAAGUUCAGGCCCCAGCUCCAGGGAUCUGAAGCCUGUUCCACCCGCCCCAGACCUAUCCUGCCGCAUUCGCCCGUCCUUUUUGAAAAUAUCGAAGGAGCAGACUUUGAACUCCGGAAGGACCUUUUCUUUGGAAGCCCGGGAGGAUGCGGCCCACAAGAUGCGCGCUCACUCCACACCUAGGAAUUGCCCGCGCCCCUAGAGGGCAGGAGCGCGGCCCUUUGUACUGGCCUAGGAGCUGGGCGAGAGAAUUUGCAGAAGAGAAUUUGCGGCCCAGAGGCAGCGAGUCUUCCCGGUGGCGGUGGGCCCCAGAGCCUGGCCCCAGCUGAUUUCUGCACCUUCUUGCGUGUCCAGGCAUUACCCCUCACUAAGGAUCACCGACUCCUGGGCUUGGAAAGUCGCUUAAGGCAGAACAGUCUUAUUUUCUGACCUGGCUUAUGGACAGAACCUUUGAAUCUGGAAAAUCCAGAGAUGGAGUCCACAGCCUACCCUCUCAAUUUGACCCUGAAAGAAGAGGAAGAAGAAGAAGAGAUUCAGAGCCGGGACCUGGAGGAUGGCCCCACAGAUAUGCAGAAAGUCCGAAUCUGCUCAGAGGGCGGAUGGGUGCCAGCCCUAUUCGAUGAGGUGGCCAUAUAUUUUUCCGAUGAGGAGUGGGACGUUUUGACGGAGCAGCAAAAGGCCCUGUACCGGGAGGUCAUGAGGAUGAAUUAUGAAACUGUCCUGUCCCUGGAAUUCCCAUUCCCUAAGCCCGACAUGAUCACUCGGUUGGAAAGGGAGGAGGAGUCUCAGAAUUCUGACGAAUGGCAGUUCCAGGGAGGAACCUUUGCAGAAAAUGAAGAAUCUGACGUGAAGCCCCCAGACUGGGUGGGCCCGAUGAACACGGCCUCCCAGUUUCCGCAGCCUCAGCACCUGGACGGCUAUGGCCUCCGUCUGCCUCGGGACAUCACAGAGCUGCCCGAGUGGGGCGAGGGGUACCCCUUCUACAUGGCCGUGGGCUUCCCCGGGUACGACCUCUCGGCAGACGACCUGGCCGGGAAGUUUCAGUUCAGCCGGGGCAUGCGCCGCAGUUACGAUGCGGGGUUCAAGUUAAUGGUGGUGGAGUACGCCGAGAGCACCAACAACUGCCAGGCGGCCAAGCAGUUCGGGGUGCUGGAAAAGAACGUCCGCGACUGGCGCAAAGUGAAGCCGCAGCUGCAGAACGCCCACGCCAUGCGGCGCGCCUUCCGGGGCCCCAAAAACGGGCGCUUCGCCCUGGUGGACCAGCGCGUGGCCGAGUACGUUCGAUACAUGCAGGCCAAAGGGGACCCCAUCACCAGGGAGGCCAUGCAGCUGAAAGCUCUGGAGAUUGCCCAGGAGAUGAACAUUCCGGAGAAAGGGUUCAAGGCCAGCCUGGGCUGGUGUCGAAGAAUGAUGCGAAGGUAUGACUUGUCUCUGCGGCAUAAGGUACCGGUGCCCCAGCAGCUGCCGGAAGACCUGACCGAGAAGCUCGUCACCUACCAGCGGAGCGUCCUGGCUCUGCGCAGGGCACACGACUACCAGGUGGCUCAGAUGGGAAAUGCUGAUGAGACGCCCAUUUGCUUAGAGGUGCCCUCGAGGGUGACUGUGGACAACCAGGGUGAAAAGCCCGUCUUGGUCAAGACGCCAGGCAGGGAGAAACUGAAAAUCACCGCCAUGCUUGGUGUCUUGGCAGAUGGGAGGAAGUUACCUCCGUACAUCAUUCUGAGGGGCACAUACAUCCCCCCCGGGAAGUUCCCCAGCGGCAUGGAAAUCCGCUGUCACCGGUACGGAUGGAUGACGGAGGACUUGAUGCAGGACUGGCUGGAAGUGGUGUGGAGGCGGAGAACCGGUGCAGUGCCCAAGCAGCGAGGGAUGCUGAUCCUCAACGGCUUCCGGGGCCACGCCACUGAUUCGGUGAAGAGCUCCAUGGAAAGCAUGAACACCGACAUGGUCAUCAUCCCGGGGGGCCUGACCUCGCAGCUGCAGGUGUUGGAUGUGGUGGUCUACAAACCCCUGAAUGACAGUGUCCGGGCCCAGUACUCCAACUGGCUCCUGGCGGGGAACCUGGCCCUGAGCCCCACGGGGAAUGCCAAGAAGCCGCCCCUUGGCCUCUUUCUGGAGUGGGUCAUGGUGGCAUGGAAUAGCAUCUCAAGCGAAUCCAUCGUCCAGGGGUUCAAGAAGUGCCACAUCUCCAGCAACUUGGAGGACGAGGAUGACGUCCUGUGGGAAAUCGAGAGCGAGCUGCCAGGAGGAGGGGAACCGCCCAAAGAGUGCGACACUGAGAGCCUGACAGAGAGCAACUGAGGGAAAGCCAAGCAAAUGAACUGUAUUUGGAACAGCUGAGGAGGAAAAUCCUCAAGAUGAUUUCCUCGCAGCAUAGGUACACAGGGAGCAGCAGGAAAAGGCCAUGGGGCUCAGAACAGCCCAGGUCCGGACAGCAGCCUGAGCAUCCUGUCUUGGGACACCGCCCACCCUCGCCCCACGUCCAUGAGGUGUCAGAAAAGUCUAGGACCCUUCACUUCGUCAGAGACAUGAUUAGAAAAGAAACUGCUUCUGCCUCAUUCUUGUUUUAGAGAUUACUCCAUGUGUCCAUCAAAAGAAACCUGUAGAUAGGAAUGAACAAAGGUAUUUCCUGGAGAAGAGGCCAUUUGUUCAGCGCCAAUAAGAGACUCAUCAUACGGGCCCAACUCCACUGGUAUUUUCUGUGGAGAAAACCUCAAGUCAAUGUUUUUUCUUCUGCCUUUAAAAAUGCUUCCAUCAGUAGAACCUGUCCCCACACAGGUCAAGACUGCAGAGAAGGCUUUGUAGAAAUGGUCAUUUAUGUACACCUGCUACUUACACAUUCCUCUUUUGGAAAAAUGAGAUGCUAAUAACAACAACAAAAUUCAGACGUACUGGCCUGAUGCCAGCAGAUGGCUUUUCUGUAGACAAACUAGGUUAGUGUGGAAGAUACAGAUUAAAAUAAACUAUGCCGUUUCAUUUAUCUUCCCAAUCUGGUUGGCAGCUAGACUUUUCUAGGGUCUCAUUUAAUGGCCCUGUUUUUCAUUAUUAUUAUAUUUAAUGAUAGGGUAGCAUUUAGUACACAAGCUCUUCUGUUUCUCAGGCUGCCUGCAGAAGUCACCAUAAAUUAUCUGCUGUCUACAUGGUACAAAGCUCAUUGACUCAUCUGAUACCUGUUUUGUUAAUUCCGAUUCCUUUAAUGUUUUUAUCGCAAGGGUGGUGAGAGGGCGUGGGUCUUUGGCCACAGCUGUUUGAAGACUUCUUCUAUCUUGCAGAAACAGGUGGGAGGUCUUUGAAUUUUUACACUAAAGUAAUGUGCAUUCCCACAUACGCUGAGUGUUAUGAAAACAUUCCUUCAAAGCUACCUGUGCUACGAAAAAUAUGCCAGAACCUCAUAGACAAAGCCAUUGUUAGAAAUGUCAUUCCAAUGUCAGAUCUGGUUAACAGGCUACCAUAACCACUUUUCCUUCCUGUAGACCCAGCUCAUUUGUAUAUUAUACUGUUCUUGGCAUUUUGAAACACCUAUUUCUACUCAGGUACUCAUUUUCCUAUUAGUGAUUCACCUUCCUCAUUUUUUAAAACCAGUUUUCCUCUAAGAGGGGAAAUUUCACUUAACUUCUGAUAUCUGAAUAACUUUCAAUGUUUGAAUCAUUUCCCCAUUUGCUUUUACCUGUACUGUAUUCUUUGUCAUCUCAAACGGCAUCUAAAUCCAGCUACUUUUCAUUCCAGAAGUUUUCAUUCCCUCCAAUUACACUUAAUUUAUCCUCCACUAUCCUGGUUCCUGGCCCUUUCCUCUUUAUGUCCUAUUUUACUUGCUUUGGGAGCUUAAAGGAUUUUAUAAGACCUAAUUUUUGGUUCCUGCAUUGGAGCCAUAGUUGUCUUGCAGGGAAGAGUAGAAAAUGGGUUCAACUCCUGUUUCAUUCUACCAACACCUCCUUGAGUCUCAUCGUCAGCUGAUAGAUGAUGCCUUACAGGUUGCUUAGCACUGGAACUUCCCUAGAGGAAUGGCUCUACUGUCAGGGUUUUUCUGGGCUCAUUCUUCCACUGACUUUAUUAUGAUCUAUGCCUAACAGAGCCCCAGUACAACUAUUUUGCAGAAUGGCUAUUACCCUAGAGUUACUAUAGCACAUAUUGAGACAUAGUUGUACUCCCCAGUAGAUAGGAACUGACUCCGACAAUAAACUUUGAUAAUAAAGACAAUAGGCUCUGGUGGUUUUAUUUAUCUGCUAGCCUUGUGAAAAGUCACAUUUCAAACUCUUCAUUUACACUUUAUUCUCCACUCAGUUUGGUACCAAUAUAUUACACCCUUGAAAUAAAAAAGUCUGUUCAUGGGA